GAUUCUGCCAAGCCUGCAAAGGAAAUGACCUCUGGAGUAGUGGAAACUUGGCAUAGAUGUGUAAAUGUACCUGCUAAUAAACAGCUGAGUGGACCAUCCCCCAUUACAACUGCAUGUGAUGAGUCUAUAGCAUUGACAGAUAAAACACUAAUGGCUGCAGCUGAGCCACAAAAGGAUGAAAGUAACCACAUGCAGAAGGAGCGGCAGAAGAACAGAGCGCAGCGGCAACAGUAUCUGAAGUAUCUACUCACCUUCAGGCCACAGCAAUCCACAAAGAGAAAGCAGAGUGCUGCUGAGAUGACUGAUAUAAUUUAUGAUACUGAUGGGUCUUAUCUUCCAUCAGUUAGCACCCUGCCUUCCUACCUCAAAUGCAGAGAGUGUUUGCUUUUAAUGGUGCCUCUCUUGAGCCCUGGUGUGGUGGCAGGACAAGCAAAAGGAAAGGCACAGACCGUGGAGUCAACAGCACUCGGAUCUCAUGUUUAUAAUUCACUGAUAGCGUGGUUCAUGUCAUUGGCCAAACCCAGCAGCUGUAGCACAGAGGACAGUGUGACAAACAAUGCUCCAUUUUGCGUCACUGGGCUGCAACAGUUCUGGAAGGAUGAUUCCUUAGUACUUUACAUCUGCGCUGUGCCUCCUGAAGAAACCAGGUCUCCACGCACAAAACUUCGGUGGAAGAACAUGAAGAGGGGCUGGACAUCAUUCGGUCAGCGAGUGUCAAAAUUCCUGGCUCAGACUCAGCUGGGGACAGUGGCAUCCUGGCUGCCAGAGCUUAACCACCUACUGGAACAGCAAACUCAUCCUUCAAUUGUCUCUUUGCCCUCUUCAAGGCUUGAAUGCUUUGUCUCAAUUAGCCCUGACAAAGAGGCUGUCAGGAAGACCUUUGGAACAAAUCCUGGCUUCUACUGGCAGACACUCAACAUUCAAGAACAAAUAUGUCAGUGGGCAGAGGCCACGUCUUCUCAGCAGCCUCACACUGAGGUAGUGUUGGCUUUGGUGUACCAGGCAAUGUUUCAUAACCCACUGGCAACACAUCAUACCCUUCAGCUUCUGUUUAGCUCAGGCCUGGAUGUGUGUGGCCUCCGCUUCACCUUCCCUUCUAAAGAACUCCUAGCAAACUGUGCAGUGCUUGGAACGAGUGGGCAGAGAUGGGUUUCCCAGCAGCCAUUGCUUGCCAUGGCUAUCCGUGGUCCUUAUGCUAGGGCUCUGUGGCAAGAGAUCACUGGGCCCUCAGACCCCAUGCUGGCACGCAGGACUGACCCAGCCUCUAUUAAUGCCCUACACUGCCAUAGCCAAGAGCGUACACUGUUCCACUCCCCACGCUUGGCCAGUCUUGUUCAUUUGGGUUUGUGUGUGUGGUUUGGUGGGAGACUGCCAAAUAAUGAUCACAGGAUGACUGCCAAGGUUCAGGGUUCAAGUGAUAGCAGAGACACAGCCUCUUCACCUGCAAUGCUUUGUGCCACAGUAAAAGCGGAUGUCUUUCUACUCGUAUCUCCAGUGGUUCCACCAUGCUGUUACAGCUAUGUGCUGGCUUCAUGUGCAAAGAAAGGCUUCCAGCUGAUGGGGCUGCAGAGAGUACAGAUUUCCAAUAUGAGAGCCUCAUCCCUAGGCCUCAACACUGAGCAGAUGUCGACAUUCUGUCAUGCAUCUAUAGUGAGCAUAGAUGAAGCACUGCUUGAGCCCUUGUCUCACUGCCUGGUGCUGUUGCUGAGGAGAGAGAAUGCACUCCGCCACUCUGCCAACCUGCCUACAGGUUUGAUGAACGAGCUGGCUUUGCAAGGUUUAGUGGGACUGCUCCGUACCAGACUGCCAGGCAGUGUUCACCUCAAAUCAGAUCUCUGCUUUCAUGCAGUACCUUAUAUGGAAGAGCUCUUCAACUUUCUCGGACACCACAUGUGGACAAUACCAGACUUCAGCCCUGUGGUCCUUUCAAAGCACAGGUAUCCUUCAUGCAGUGAGGCUGAGCAGAUUGUGAUUCUCACACUGACUGGUUAUAACAUCAUGGAGAAGGGCAUGAGUCUGCUUCACAAGGUUCUCAGGGGAAAUCAAUCAGGAGGAGUGGGUGAGGACAGAUUUGAGUUGUUGGCACUGAAAUGGCUGCCCACGCUGUCCUGGCAGCAGGCACAGGAGCUGAGCCCUUUCGAGGUCAGUGAGCGCCAGUGGCGCAGCAGCGUGGUAAGCCUGGUAUCUUCCCCGGCUCUUGUCUGUGCCAUUAGAAGGCCGCAGGCAUUCAGAAAAAUGCAAAGACUUUUAUCACAAGACUACCCUGGAGAUCUGAGUGUCCUGAUGUCGACCACCCCUGAAAUGGCCUUCAGACAAGCCACCCUUUUCUUUACCGAGACACAGCUGAUCCCAGAUCACAGUAGCCGAAUUAUGCUUAAAUUCCUUCCACCUCCAAACAUAGGCUCUGCAAGUCAGUCCUUGUUCAGCUACAUGACAGAAGGAUCGCAGCCUCUUCUCACUUUGGCACUGUUCAAGCCUGGUGUCUGGGGUCAUUACUUGGGCAAAAUUCUCAGCAAGAUCCAGCAAAACAGCUUCACUUUAGUGGGCUUGCACAUGCUUGUACUUAGCUCAAAGAUGGCAAACACACUGAUGAAUGUAUCAGAAAACCAGGCUUUAAUAAAUGGAAAACAUCCUUGUGAGCCUUCUGAGAGAGACUCAGAAUUUAAGUACCUGACAUCAGGACCUGUACUGGCGUUGUGCCUACAGAGGGUUAAUGCCAUUAAGAGGCUUCUGGAGUUGUUGGGACCUGAGGAUCCAGCUGAAGCACGGAUUGAAGAUCUCCACGUCUGGAGGGCCAGCUAUGGCACUGACAGAUUGCAUAAUGGCAUCUAUGGAUCAGUUUCUUAUCAGCAGGCUGUGCAGGAUGUAAAGAUGAUGUUCCCAGAAGGUCUAUGCUGCACAGAAACAUUAAUCAUGAAGCAUGAACAGAUACCCUGUUUGAGAUCAGACCCAGUAGCUAGUUUGAAACGGCAACAGUCUCAUACCAUCACUAAUUCAGCCAAAAACAAGCUCCUCCAGUCUCUCAUGGAGAAAUCAGAAUUGAUCAGAGCUGGGUGCUCAGUGCGCAGUGCUCUCUGCCAGACCACGUGCCUCAUCAUGCCCUCGUGUGUACUCCAGAUGAGCUGCCCACCUCUUCACCUGGACCUGCUGCAACGACUGCUAAGCUCAGGCUGCCACGUGGUGGCCGGGAGACUCUGCUCACUAGACCAAACCCAAAUAACUCAACUAUCUCUGUUCCUGAUGCCCACCAGCACUGGAGAACCUCUUCUGUGUGAGGGACCAUGUCUUGUUCUUGCUCUGCAGAUGGACAACAUUGUGACAUGCUUUGACUUGAUUCUUAAAAGGAUUUGUCGGGACAUGCCAGACUUUGAGAAAGUAAGGAAGAUGCUUCUUUACCCUGGCACUGAACCUGAGGCAGUGAAGUUACUCUGCUACCUGUUUGAUGUUCUCUCUCCUGACAGUCACCACAGCAUAGUGCCAUGAUCAUCUGCAUUAUGUAACUGCACUAUCAGUCAGGGAAUAUUCUGUUACUUAAAUUUUGCUAUAAAUAGCAUAGCAAAAGGUGUAUUUAAUGUUGUGCAUACACCCAAGGUUUUUUCAGGUUAUGUAUUAAAACUACUUGAAGUGUUUUUAAGCUUUUUGUAAUUCUUUAUUAGAGAAAUGCUUCAUACAGUCGGUGGCUUUAUGAGGAUUUGCUGUGUAACCAAACUCAUUUUAGGAGGAUUUUUGGUCCAAAAUCACAAAAGGGAAGACAUAGUAGAAACGAGUGUAUCUACACGGGGACACCUCCGCCACCACAAAGUCUAGUCUUUCUUAUUACUGACCUGUAUGCUGGAAAGGCCCUUUAAAAUACUUCAAACAGGAAGGAAGGUUUUGAAGGAAAACUAUUUCAGACAUUUGACUUUACUGUGAUCUCGACCGUGUUUGGAUCAAAAUCUAAUCAGUUCAACUGCUGGUUACAAAGUUAACUAGAUGUAAAUCCUACGAACUUUCAACCACUCGUUCUUGAGAUAUCACG